AUUCUGUAGAGUGCGCUGUUGAGACAGGUGCAAAUCUGCCCAGCAGGGAGGAGAAAGACAAACAAGCCAAACUGGUUGUCAAAGACGAGGAAAAGAAAUGCUGAACUUGGCUAGUGCGACAUUGUAGCGUCGAGGAUAUUACGUUGUAUGUAGAGUUGAAGACAUCCUGGCUGCCUAAUGGAGUAGCUGACUGGAGUAGCAGGUGGCGAUAAAGCAGAGAGGGGCCGGCUGCAGACACAGGCCAAGUGGUCGAGGAGUUUACUAUGGCAGAGAGGCCCAGCGAUGAUGAGGCUGCAGACACAGAGCAAAGUGUUGCUCACGAUGGGCCAGGUUCACCUGUAACCAGUAUUCUGUCCAUGAAGAGUGACCAGUUCAUGUCUACAACACAUAGGCCUACACAAGAACAGGAGACCACAUGCAGUGUCCAUGGAAGACAUUCACCCGUAAUCAGUGAAGUGUCCAUGAUGAGUUACCGGUCCAUGGAACCUCCAUUGACAGUAACGCAGGAACUGAAAAAUGUCCAUGGAAGACAAUCACCCGUAAGCAGUGAAGUGUCCAUGAUGAGUUACCGGUCCAUGAAACCUCCAUUGACAAUAACGCAGGAACCGAAAAAAUCCCAGACUGCAGAGUGUGCAGCAGUUCUCUGUGAUAUUUGCCCCAAGAGGGCGUUUAAAUCCUGCCUGACUUGCUUGGCCUCCUUCUGUGGGGACCAUGUGAAGCCCCACUACACAGCCCCAGCUCUGCAGAGACACAGGCUAAUGGAGGCCACGGAAGACCUGGAGCAGAGGCUGUGCCAACGGCACAAUAGGGAACUGGAGCUGUACUGCACCACUGACCAGACUGCUAUAUGUGCUCUAUGUGGGGUAACAGAGCACAGUGGACAUCGUAUAACAGACUUUGAACCCGGAAAAUACAAGGUACAAAAGAGGAAGAAAACAACAGAUGCACCCCCUGCUAUGACGGACCUUUGUGUCGUGUCCAACAUUCCUACCCCUGAGGGUCUUAGUUGUGUUGAGACGGAUCUGACAUCGCUGUCGGUGUCUUGGAGCGUACCAGCUGGAGUUGAACAGGCCUCGUACCUGCUGACCCUCUACGCUGAUAGAACAUGUCUGUGGGCAACAACUGUCAGCUCCCUUCAGCACAGCUUCUCUGGGUUGGACAUCGGGAGGGAGUACACCAUCAGUGUCUCCACCGUGUUCCAAAACAGACAUAGCUCACCUGUCUGCACCAUCAGCACCACACCCUUUCCAGUACCAGAAGAUGUGACUGUGGGCUCAGUGACUCCAACAUCUGCUGAUCUCAGCUGGAGCGUGCAGCAGGGAAUGCAGCAGAUUCCACACAAGUUCCUGAUCUCCUACUACAAUAAAGGGACUGAACCACAGACCAUCUCUACAGAGUCCUGCUGUGCGACUCUUACAGGCCUGCAGCCAGACACUCGGUACACAACCAGUGUCUACUGUGAGCUUGAAGAUGGGAGAAGAAGUGAAGCUUCUUCAGUCAUUAUUGUAACAGCUGUACCUUCUCCUGGGCCCAUUGUGUUCACCUCAGUGAAGCCAGACUCUGUGUGUGUGUGCUGGGGACCUCCGGAGGGGCUCCCUGGACCCCACACAUUCAGGGUGUCAAGGAGGCCAGGUGACACCAUCGAGGUUCAAGAAAUGACACUACAGGUCCGAAACCUCUUCGCAGGACACACCUACACGUUUACUGUGGCCACAAUUGGAGACAGUGGCCGGCAAAGUCCAUGUGUCUCUGCAACCAUUACCACAGGUAUCCCCCCACCUGAGGAGCUUACUGCAGUGACGGGGGUUAGAUCCGUAUCAGUUACAUGGAGGGAGCCUGUGGCAGUCCACCAGGCUUCGUACCUGCUGAAGCUCUACAGCGGUGGGAGAUGUCUGGAGGCCACGUCUGUCCAGUCCCUACAGCACAACUUCCAUGGCCUGAGCACUGGCAGGGAAUACUACAUCACAGCCUGCACUGUAGUGGGCAGCAGGUGGAGCGAGACGGCUAGUAUCACCAUCAGAAUUGGUAGCCUUGCUCCCACAGACUUGUGUGUGGCUGUGGAUCGAGCAGAAUCGGGUGACCAGUGGAAGGCCGAUCUCAGCUGGAGCCUGCAGCAGGGGAUGGAGCAACAUCCACACAAGUUCCUGAUCUCCUACUGCAGUGAAGGGACUGUACCACAGACCAUCUCUACAGAGUCCUGCUGUGCGACUCUUACAGGCCUGCAGCCAGACACUCAGUACACUGCCAGUGUCUGCACUGAUGCACAAAGUGGAGCUGGGGCGAAGACUGCCACUGUGUCUACCACUUUCCACACAAGUGAGUGGAGGAUUGUGCUUCUUGGCAAAUCCGGGGACGGGAAAAGCAGCACCGGCAACACCAUCCUGGGGGAGGAGGUCUUUGAAGUGAAGAGCUCCCCGUUCGCUGUGACCAACAUGUGUGAAGCUCGCAGCAGAACGAUCAACGGCAGGAAGAUCACCCUGAUAGACACGCCGGGAUUCCUCGACCCCACAACGGAGAACAGGAUAAAGUAUGAGAUAGGCCAGUGCCUAACGCUGAGUUGCCCAGGACCUCACGCCUUCAUCCUGGUGCUGAAGGUGGCUCGCUUCACCACCGAGGAGGAGGAGGUCAUCAAUAAGACUGUGGAGCUGUUUACACGCAGGGCUUUUAGACACUCAUUGAUCAUCUUCACCCAUGGGAAUGACCUGCAGAGCCAGACCAUUCAGCAGUUUGUAGGGGAGUGUAGUCCGGUCACGCCAAGCCCUCAGGCAACAUCCUCCGCUCCACUGAAGAACCUGGUGGACAAAUGCGGUGGCCGCUACCAUGUCAUAGACAACUUUUACUGGAAGGAGAAACAGGAGGGUGAAUACAGUAAUAGAGGGCAGAUAGAGAAGCUGUUUGACACCAUAGAGGAGAUGGUGCAGAGGAAUGAAGGAAGAUAUUACACGGAAGGUCAUGCAGCAGAGGGAACAGGCCUAUUACAGGGACUUAGAGGGAUGCUUAGCAAACUAUUUGCUCUGGGGAAGUUGUAUUCUAAACUUCCCUAGGGCUGACAAAAAACCUGCCCACAACUGAACCAAGAAUGCUUUAGAUGCACAGUAAAAAAAUGGGAUGGGAGUAUUCUUAGAGCAACUCCAGUAAUCACAACAUUUUAGAUAGUCAAAUCACUCAAAGGUAGUCACACGUUAGUGUAAAAUUCUGCAGGUGAUCAGUGUAAUUGCAACUCUACAGUUCUUAAUAUUUACACAAUAUUGAGUAGAAUUAACUCUGAAAAUCGUCCAUUGCCAUGUCCAGAAACACAGUUCUUGAUUCUAUACACAACAACUUUGGGGGACUUUCCCCCAUUCAACAUACCGAUUGCAAAUGACCUUUGACCAAAUGACCUUUGAAUUGUGUUUUGUGAAAUAUUGAUCAGGCUAAAUCGCAAUGACAAUGACAAUGACAAUGACAUCUUGCCUCACAUGAUGAGGCCAAAAAAAUAAGGUGAGGGUGGAAGCUUAGAUAGCGAGAUGGAAACAUGGCUCAGUUACCUGUACGUGCCAAUAUGUGCAUAAAGCUUUCGUAGCUUUUGCAGUGUCAUCUAUGACGUUCCUGUGAGGAAAGAACAAAUGGCUUGGAAACAGCUGGCCUUGGACCAGUAUUACAUCUGCCAUUAUGUUAUGCAUAACAUGUACCUGUAACCUUGGACCAGUGUUACAUCUGCCAUUAUGUUAUGCAUAACGUGUACCUGUAACCAUGGACCAAUGUUACAUCUGCCAUUACAUU